CGAAGAUAAAAUCUAUGCCAUUCAUAAAAUCAGUUAAAACUAGUUUCAUAUAGAGUUCAACAAAGAUCCAAACUUUCACUUGUAUAUAUAUGUUGUGAAAAAUAUUUUUUUAAAAAAACAAAGAUUGAACAAACAAAACGGAUUUAACUAUUGAAUUAUUUCUAUAAAUGAAAACACUUAGAAACAAAAAAUAAUAAUUAAUUUGAAUAAAAUGUCAUCUCCAUUAAAUAAAUACUGUUACGUAUUAUUAUUAUUAUUAUUACUAUUACUAUUACCAUUACAUCAUACUUAAAUAAUAAACACCAUGAUAUAUAUUCAAUGUUUUAUACAAACAAUAAAUUUAAAAUAUUUUAUUUUUAUUUAUUUAUUAUUUUAUAGUCAAUGUGAAAAUACUACUGAAUUAAAACAUAAUGAAUCUGAUAAUGAUUUAACAGAAACCGCAUCAGAAAAUCUUCAAUUAAUUCGAAUGAAAAAAGGAAUAGAAAAUUCCAAUGAUAAUCAUGUUAACAUUGAACAGAUUAAACAACAUAAUAUUGAAACUGUAAAAAGUCAUUUUAAUCGUUUAAACAAAGCAAAUUAUAAUGAUCAUGAUGAUAAUAAUAAUAAUAAUAAUAAUAAUAAAGUCAAUAAUCAUGAUGAAUUGGAUCUAUUGAAAUCUUUAUCCAAUUACAAUGAUAAAUCAAAUGAACAAAGUACAACGUUUACAUUUAUUGAAAUGAUUGUACAACGUACAGUGAAUAAAUAUAUGAAUGUAAUACGUACAAGAUCUGAUUGGUUAAAAAGAUUAUUACAAUUAGUUAAAGAAGAACGAGAUAUACGUUCAAGAUAUAAUUGUUUUACAGAUGCAUGCAUUUAUAAAAUUCAAUUAUUUACAACACAACUUAAAGCUCAUCUUCUUAGAAAUACAGUUCAUUUAGAACCAAUACAACAUAAAGAUCAUAGAAAUAUGGAUUUACAUAUGAAACGAAUGAAAAGAACAAUACCAGAAUCAUCAGUAUUUUCAACAUCAUUUGGUAUUAAUGAUUCAACUAUUGAAAUUUUAAAUGAUGGUUCAGAAAUACAAGAUUUAUUAUUUUUACAUGAUGAUAUUACAGAGGAUGAUGCUUUACGAUUACCGGAUGAAGCGAAUAAAUUAAAUUUGAUAAGACAUCGUGAAAAUGAUGAUUCUAUGACAAAUUGGACAAAUAAUAAUGAUAGUAAACAUAAAUCAAUAAAAUUUGAUAAUCCUGAUAAAAUUGAUGUGGCUAGAUUUAGUCAAGAAUUGACUGGAGAUGUUUUAUCUAAGCAUAUAAAAAGUCAAACAGUAACAGCAUCUAUUUUCACUGACAUCACAGAAGGCAAUUCAAUGAAUAUUGCUACAAAUGUUAAUGGUAAUGAUAAUGAUAAUAAUAAUGAUGAUACUGAUAAUAAUAAUGGUAAUAGUAAUAAUAAUAAUAACGUCAGUAGUAGUGUGACAACAUCGUUUAUACCUAUUCAACAGUUACAUGUAUCAAUAGAUAAACAAUCAAAUUUGUUAAUAGACAGUGAACCAAAUCUAUAUUCAGAUAAUUCAGUGGAUAAUAAAGAUAAUAAUGUUAUUGAAGUUAAUCACAAAAGUCAUGAUGAAGAAUCACCUAUAAGUAUGACUGAACAAGUUUCAAAUCUUUUGGUAGAUGAAUUAAAUGAUCAGAAAAAUACUUUGAAUGAUAAUGAGAAAGAGAGAAAACAAGUAGAAGAUGUAGUCAAUAGUACAAUAUUCAUAGAAGAUGAAAAUAAUAUUGGUGCAUCAUCCUUUUCUACAUCUUACACUGAGCAGCCAACAACAAUAUCAUCAUCACCAACUGAGACAAUUGCAUUCACGACUAAUUCGCCUAUUUCAUUGGAUAAUCUAUUAUCUACACCGAAUUCAAUAGAUUUUACAACUGACGAAUUAUUAGACCAGAUGAAUACAACAUCAUCAUUAUCACCAUUAACCACAUCGACAAUAACAACAACAACAACAAAAACCGAUAACGAUCAUUCCGAAAUAUAUCAACAUUCAAUCAAACCAUCAUUAAAUAUUAGAGCUAUUUCAUUAACUGUUGAAGAAACACUGGCUAUACCAUUUGGUUUGAAUAAAUUCGAUGGACGACCAUAUGAGAACUGUACUGGACAAUAUGAAAAUUAUUGUUAUAAUGCAAUAAAGUGUGUUUAUAUUAGUGUAUUGGAAACAGCUGCUUGUUAUUGUAGGACUGGUUACACAGGUGUUCGUUGUGAUAUGUUCAACUUACCACAAACAUUGGAUAUACUGAAAUCUUUUCGUGAAGAAAGUAUUGAUAUCAAUUCACUUCAUCAGCCAACAGCAUAUAUCUUGCAUAAUGUGAUUGAAGCAACAGCACGAUAUACGGUGAAUGCUGUAUUAGAAGAGCGUUUGUUGUCAACAUGGGAAGACGAUGGACCAUUCUAGUGUGUGUUGACAUAACGUCUGUACACACGCACAUAUGUAUUUAUGUAAUGAAUAACGAUAAUUAUUAUUAUAACAAAACGGUAGCACAAUUAAUUGUAGAUAACUUUUCGUUUAUUCAUGUCCCUUAUUUACUAUUUUAUUUCGCAUUUAAAUUUUAUAAAAAAACUUUACACUUGCCGAAUACUUUGCAAAGAAAAACAAGCAAACAAAAGAACCAAUCAUAAGCCUAAUUUUCAUGAAACAAAAAUCAUUUUAUUAUAAGUCAAUAUUCACUCCGGAAGUAAAGGAAUUUAUUGUUUAGGGAUGGGGAAAAGUUUCUGAAUUUUAAUUUAAAAUGGAACAUGAAAAUAUUGAACAAGCCCAUUCGUGACUAGCUUCAAGAUGUAAUUCCUGGAGUUCUAG